AUCUGCAACCUUCUCCGAACAGACUCUUUAACGUUUCGUUAGCUUGAAAAGACUACUCAAAGAUUUAUACCAAUGGCUGAAGAAGUCGGGCUUGAUUUGGAAGAACUCAGACAACUCCAGAACAUCGCCAAGAGAACCCGUGUUCUCAACCUCAUCAGUUCCGAGAUUUGCAAUUUGGAGAAGCUGAGAGAGUCGGCAAGCGCUUCAAAUGUAAAGCCAGAGCUCGAACCGGUUCCCGCACCGGUUUCUUCUUCGGUUAAGCCGGUUUCUCCUGCAUUGAACUACGUAACUCUCGGAACGUUCAGCUGGGAUCAAGACAAUGAAAAAGUCAAGGUGUACAUAUCUUUGGAAGGUGUUGAUGAAAACAAGGUGGAAGCUGAGUUCAAGCCCAUGUCUUUGGAUGUCAAGAUUCAUGAUGUCCAAGGGAAGAACUACCGAUGUGCAAUCCCCAAGUUGCACAAAGAGAUUGUCCCCGAGAAGUGUAAAGUGCUUGUAAAGCCUAAGAGGAUUGUUAUCACAAUGUUCAAGUCUUCGAGAGGAAACUGGAUGGACAUACACUACAAAGAAGAUAAGAUCAAACCUAGCCUUGAGAAAGAGAAAGACCCAAUGGCUGGAAUCAUGGACUUGAUGAAGAACAUGUACGAGGGAGGAGAUGAAGAGAUGAAGAAGACGAUAGCCAAAGCUUGGACAGAUGCUAGGUCAGGCAAAGCUGGAGAUUCUUUAAAGGGUCUGUGAAGCCCCUUGUGACCAGUUGGCAAUUCAAUUGUCGUGUCUUUUGCUGUCAUCCACGUGUGUGAAUCUAGGCUAUCAGUGAAAGGUGUAAAACGAAAACAUCUAUUUUUCGAGUUUAGUCAUAUGUUUGGUUUUGCUAUUUCUGGAGCAUUUUAGACUGUUUAAUAUUUCCAAGUAGGUCUUAUUAUCGAUCUAAUUGGUUAUACACUCGUGCAAAUGAUUCAAACUUGUUCUUGGUUUUGGA